AUGUCUUCUUCCAUUAGGCCGGAUUCUUCGACAUCAUCGAUAGCGCCCGCCGACAAUGGACAUCAACUUGAGCCACCGAUUAUCGAAGACAAUGAGCCGCUCGCCGACGUCGUUCGAAAGCUGUACAAUUUCAUAACCCUGGCCGUUUCCGAUGUAUCGUAUACAUUCGAGCAGCUGAGGUCUACUCCCCAUGGUCAACAUCUCAGACAUCUGAUUUACGCCUUGGCGGAGAACUCACAUAAUCCUUCCAUAAUCGCUGCUCUGAUGAUCUUGAAAUGGGAAUUUGAUAAUACGACGGAUGCCGAUUGGGGCCUAAAUGAAAGUCGCGGAUAUGCCUGCGAGUAUGUUGCCUGGCAGUUUCUCUGCCACCUCGAUCAACGAGAGACCAUUGAGUUCUUGCUGGAGGAGCUUAAACUACACAACCCAAGUAGUGCCUCUCUGACCCAAGCGGAGCGAGGCACUGCAGGCUUUACAGGUCCCGUUGAAGAACACAGCAGACGAGAGAGCGAAACGAUACCCUUACUCCAGAGCUCUUCAUCGUCUGUGUAUAACUUAUUUGGGGGUCGGAGUCGCGUAGGAAGCGCCUUUUCUUUGGACAAUCGAGGCUCGUAUAGCUCCUCUCAUGACGCACAAGAGUUGGAGAAGUUCUCUCUGUUCUUUGGCCUGAAUGCAUUAGAGAUCGCCACCAUCGCCCAUGCAAAGACAUUCCUGGGCCAGAAGGUGGUCCAGAGGGUCAUAGACAACAUAUGGAAGGGGGAGAUUGUAUUUUGGGACACGCUGAGCGUACAUUCGACCAAACGACCGCACUUCCUCGAUAAACGAACGGCAGACCCAUACUCACGUCUCAGGGUUCCGGUAUACCGGAAAGCGUUCGAAGCUGCCUUCUUCGUAUCUUUUCUUCUUCUGUACUAUGCGGUUCUCGUCGAGAGGAAGUCGACGGGCAUAGGGCUCUUCGAGACGCUAAUGUACUUCUGGAUCGCCGCAUUUGCUUAUGAUGAGUUUAGUGGCAUGGCCGACGCGGGCAUGCUCUUCUACCAGAUGGACUUCUGGAAAGUGUGGAACAUGGGUAUCAUAGGCACCGGACUCGCUUUCGUCAUUGCAAGGAUUAUCGGCCUGGCCCAGGAGAGUGAUUACAUCACGGACCUAUCAUUCGACAUUCUGUCCCUGGAGGCACUGUUUCUGUUUCAGGAUCUAACUGCGGUGGACAAGACUAUGCUCGCUCGUGAGCCUGAACUCUUACUUUGGAAGCCUGAUACCAGUUUUGAAGGAGAUGGUAUGGAUAGACACUCUAGCACCUGGCCUACUGCGUUUGGCACCCCGGGCAAAGAGAAAGUGUCGGUGCCAACGGUGGGCAGGGUUCUUGACAACAUUCACGAUGCUGGCGCGCGACCGCCUUUCUCUCAGGCAAAUGUCGUGGAUUUUGGUGAAGGUGUUCUUUGGGACAUCGCUCAGGAAAUUUCCCCAAUCUUCGGCUACGGUUUAAUGUUAAUCUUCGUCUCCAUGACAAAUCUACUUUUGAUCUCUUCGUUGGUCAGUUUGAUGAGUAUGAGUCUAGAAGGGGUCAUGGCACAUGCCAGGGAAGAGUAUCUCUUCCAGUUAGUAACCAGCCGGUUCAUGCUGUCCAUCUACGUGCUUGAAAGCAGUAACUCCCGCCGACUAACCUACUUCAUGCCUCCCUUGAAUCUCAUCCCUCUUCUCUGUAUCCGUCCUCUGCGGCUCUUCUUGUCUGCAGAGCGCAUUCGUCGAGUGCGUAUCAUCCUCCUCCGAGCCACCCAUCUCCCCUUUGUUGCGUUGAUCUGGGCCUAUGAAUCUAGCCGCCGCUAUGUUGCCCGGCGAAAUAGUCAUUUUCCCCCGACCGCGAGGACACGAGGAGGUAGCCGACCUACAUCCUCGAUACAGAGUGGUUUUGCUCUCUCCACGCACCGCGCCCCGCUCUAUGCCUCCGCAACGGAGCGUUCGCUGGGUUCUGCGAGGCUCAGGGGCCGCACUAGUCCGGGUCAGCAUCCCGAAGCGCGCGGGCUAGGCCCGGGGCAGGCCGGGCGUGUUGACACCGCGGAUAUGAUCGACGAGGUGGAACGGUUGCGGACCCAGGUGGAGCGAGUGGCAGCUACGGUGGCCGUCCACCACCGGCGCCAAUAA